GUCAAAUCACAUGAAGCCCAAGCUCAUAGGCACAGGUUGGAAUCGCUGACGAAGAAGGUUUUUGGUUCACCUGACAAAAUCGUUGCUUUUUUUUCAGAUGCAUCUCCUCUGGUGGGACCCGCAACGCAAAAACGACGCCGUCGUUCCCCCUUUUAACACUUCCUCUCUACAUUUUGCAUGCCACAUAACACAAUGCAAUAUUUCGGAAAUCACAAAAGAAUACGAAAAGGUAAUAUAUCACCAUGGAUUGCAGAGAUAAUAAACUCUCUGUCUUCAUCUUCCCCCCAACAAAUCACUUGUCCCAAUCUGCUUUAGACAUUUAAUUCCAGGUUUCUGCUGGUUUCUCUCUCUCCUCUGUUUUUGACUCUCAGUCGCCAUCCUUUUGAAUUUAAAACAUCACUCUGAGUACACUCUCACUCCUUUUUGAUUUACUCUCUAUCCUUCCCCCAUUUCUGUUUUCGUACAGUUGUUGCUACUAGUACUGGUACCCCCAUGUGAAAAACCCUGAGAUUUCCAUCUUUUAAAACGAAAAUUGUAUUCCUACUUUUGAGUAGCAUUCAUGUGUUGCUUGUGAUCCUUUUGUUUUGUUCUGUUCUGUUUCUCUCCCCCACUCCCCCCCUCUCUUAAAAUUCUUUUUGGGCACCGGAAAAAUUCAAUUGACAAUGGCCGUUCGGAGGCUUCUGUUCUGUGUUUUCUUCUUUGGGUUAUUGCAGUUCUGGGGUUCUUUGGGUGAAAUUUCGGAGCAAUCGGAGAACGGCCCAGAAAGGGAGAGUUUGGUUGCGUUCAGAAAUUCUCUGGAAAACCCACAGCUUUUGAGUUCCUGGGCGCCCACAACAUCCCAUUGUCAGUGGCAUGGCGUUUACUGCCAAAAUGGCCGAGUCAUCUCCCUCCUUCUCUCCACUCUGCAACUCAGGGGACCUCUCUCCCCGUCUCUCUUCUCCCUUGUAAGUCUCGCCGUACUGGACCUGUCUUCCAACUCCUUCACCGGCCAAAUCCCGCCUCAGAUUUCGUCGCUUCAGAGCCUCAAAGUCUUGGACCUUGGCAAUAAUCGGUUGUCCGGCGAGUUGCCUGCACAGCUUGGUGAGUUGACUCGGCUGGAAAGUCUUACCCUCGGUCCCAAUCUUCUCACAGGAAUCAUCCCGCCGGAGUUGGGUAACCUUGUCAGCCUUCGUUCUCUUGACCUCUCGGGCAAUGCAUUCACCGGAAUCAUCCCAACCCAAAUUCGAAAUCUCUCCCACCUCCAAGUAUUAGCCCUUGGUAACAACCUUCUCUCUGGUUCUCUUUCACCAAAACUCUUUUCAAACCUUCCCUCUUUAACCUCUUUUGAUGUAUCAAACAACUCUCUUUCCGGUUCCAUUCCGCCGGAAAUCGGAAAUCUUGUUAACCUCACUGAUCUUUACAUCGGAAUUAACCAUUUGUCCGGCCAAAUUCCGCCUCAAAUUGGUGAACUUUCCAGCCUUCAAAACUUCUUUGCACCCUCUUGCUCUCUAACUGGUCCAUUGCCAGAAACAUUGUCUAGGCUUGUGUCUCUCAGCAAGCUUGACCUGUCCUAUAACCCUUUGAGGUGUUCCAUACCGCAAUCAAUUGGAAAGCUUUUGAAUUUGAGCAUACUCAAUUUGGUUUACACUGAGCUUGAUGGUGCCAUACCCCCUGAGCUUGGAAACUGUAGAAAUCUGAAGACUUUGAUGCUUUCUUUCAAUUCACUCUCUGGCCCCUUGCCUGAAGAGCUAGCAGAGUUGAAUUUGGUUUCAUUUGCAGCAGAGAAAAAUCAGCUUUCUGGUCCUCUACCUUCCUGGCUUGGUCGGUGGUCUCAUGUGGAUGCCCUUCUGCUCGCAAGUAAUCGGUUUACAGGGCAAAUACCCGCUGAAAUUGGAAAUUGUACUUCGCUCACCCACCUGAGUCUCAGUAGCAACUUACUCACUGGUCAAAUUCCAAGUGAUCUUUGCAAUGCGGUGUCCCUGUUGGAAAUUGAUCUUGAUGGUAAUCUCCUUAAUGGUACUAUUGAUGAUGUGUUUGUGAAGUGCACUAAUCUUACUCAGCUGAUUCUGAUGGAAAAUCAAAUUAGUGGUGCUAUUCCGGAGUAUCUUUCAGGGCUACCAUUGAUGUCUCUAGAACUGGAUUCUAACAACUUCACGGGUACACUUCCUGUAAGUUUGUGGAACUCUGUGAACUUGAUGGAAUUUUCAGCGGCAAAUAAUAUGUUGGAGGGUACAUUGCCAAGGGAAAUUGGAAAUGCUGUUAAUCUGGAGAGGCUUGUUCUUGCUAAUAAUCAGUUAAGGGGUUCUGUUCCCAGGGAGAUCGGUAAUUUGACUUCUCUUUCUGUUUUGAACCUGAAUUCUAAUUUACUUGAAGGGAGUAUUCCUGGUGAUAUAGGAAAUUGCAUUGCCCUCACAACGUUGGAUCUGGGAAGAAACAGGCUCAAUGGUUCGAUUCCGGAGGAAAUAUCUGACUUGCCACAAUUGCAGUGUUUGGUUCUUUCUUAUAACGAUCUCUCCGGGGGGAUCCCUCAGAAAAAGUCCAAGUAUUUCCGGCAGGUUAGUAUACCUGAUUCAAGCUUUGUACAGCACCAUGGAGUUUAUGAUCUUUCAAAUAAUAGAUUGUCUGGCUCAAUACCCGAGGAAUUGGGAAGUUGUGUUGUAUUGGUGGAUCUUUUACUCAGCAACAAUUUGCUUUCUGGGGAAAUUCCUGGAUCCAUUGCUGGUUUAAAGAACCUCACCUCUCUAGAUUUAUCUGGGAAUUCACUUACCGGUAAUAUUCCAGAUGAGUUUGGCAAUUCGCAGAAAUUGCAGGGUUUCUAUAUCGGGAAUAACCAGCUCACAGGGACAAUUCCUGAAACGCUUGGUCGGUUGAGUAGCUUAGUUAAGCUUAAUGUAACUGGUAAUAAGUUAUCUGGUUCCAUUCCCUCCAGUUUGAAGAAUUUGAAUGGACUGACUCACUUGGACUUGAGCAAUAAUGAAUUAAGUGGUGAGGUUCCAUCCUCUUUGUCAGAAAUGGCUAACCUCGUUGGUCUAUAUGCUCAGCGAAAUAGGCUUUCUGGUCAUUUAGAAGGUCUUUUUUCCAACUCCACGCUGUGGAGGAUCGAAAUCCUGAAUUUGAGCAACAACAAUCUGGAUGGCUUGCUACCGCGGGCACUGGGUAAUAUGUCAUAUUUGACGUCUCUAUAUCUUCAUGGAAACAGCUUUACUGGCAAAAUCCCUGGUGAACUUGGAAGUCUGUUGCAACUGGAGUUAUUGGAUCUCUCCGAGAAUAAACUUUCAGGACGAAUUCCUGAGAGCAUUUGUGCCCUGCCCAAUUUGAUUUCUGUGAAUCUUUCAGAUAACAGUUUGUUUGGUUCUGUUCCUUCUAGUGGAAUAUGUGGAAACCUGUCGAAAGCUUCACUUGAUGGGAACAAUGAUCUGUGUGGAGAAAUUUUGAACCACAAGUGCCAGCUCAAAACCGUUGGGAUGAGAAUGGCGUUAAAAACUUCUUUGGUACUAAUAUCUACUGUUGGGGCGAUCAUGCUGGUUGCCCUUAUUCUGAUUGUUUUGCGAUGGACACAUGGAAAUUGGACAAAAGGUGAUACAGAUUACAAUGAAGAAAGCAAAUUGAAUAGUUCAACAGAUCCGCAUCUGUAUUUCUUGAGCAGCAGCCGUUCAAAGGAGCCUCUGAGCAUCAACAUAGCUAUGUUUGAAAAGCCCCUUCUCAAACUGACCAUUGUUGAUGUUCUUGAAGCCACAAACAACUUUUGCAAGACAAACAUAAUUGGUGAUGGAGGAUUUGGAACUGUUUAUAAGGCAACAUUGCCUUGUGGGAAGACAGUGGCGGUCAAGAAGCUAAAUGAAGAUAAAACGCAGGGUCACAGGGAAUUUCUAGCUGAGAUGGAGACUUUGGGAAAGGUGAAACACAGGAAUCUUGUUCCAUUACUUGGCUACUGCUCUUAUGGGAGUGAAAAGGUGCUUGUUUAUGAGUAUAUGAUUAAUGGCAGUUUGGAUCUUUGGCUAAGAAACAGAUGUGGUUCUCUUGAGGUCCUGGUCUGGAUGAAACGCCUCAAAAUUGCUGUUGGUGCUGCACGUGGCCUAGCAUUUCUCCAUCAUGGCUUUACUCCUCACAUAAUCCACAGGGACAUCAAAGCCAGCAACAUCCUCCUGAAUGAGGACUUUGAAGCCAAAGUUGCAGACUUUGGAUUAGCGAGAUUGAUCAGCGCUUAUGAGACUCACGUGAGUACAGAUGUGGCUGGUACGUUUGGGUACAUCCCCCCUGAGUACGGGCAGAGCUGGAAAUCAACGACCAGGGGCGACGUUUAUAGCUUUGGUGUAAUUCUGCUGGAGUUGGUGACUGGGAAGGAGCCAACUGGACCUGAUUUCAAAGACAUAGAAGGCGGAAAUUUAGUUGGUUGGGUUUUCAUGAAGAUCAAAAAGGGCCAAGCUGUAGAUGUCCUUGACCCAAUGGUGCUGGAUGCAGAUUCAAAGCAGAUGAUGCUUCAGGUACUGCAGAUUGCGGUGCUAUGCUUGUCAGAAAAUCCUACUAAACGGCCUUCGAUGCUUCAGGUAGUGAAAUUCUUGAAGAGUGUCAAAGACUUGUAGAAGUGAUGUCAAUGUAAUCUAAGUAUGGUUAUUAACUUAGAAGCCUGUCACUUGUUUAGUAGUGUAUAAUAACUAAAUUGGAGCUGAGUACUGAUCCUCAACUAUGAGGUACCGGAUAGAAUCGCAUCUUCAGGUUCAUAAAAUGGUAGCCCUGUAGCCUUUCUAUCAGCCAGAAUCUUCAUCAUAAGUAUCAAUCCUAAGUUUGGGGUUCAAAUCUCUUCCUAAUAGAACUGCUUCAGUACUUGUAGUUGUACCUUUGAUCCUGUGUGUAAAGUUAAAGUUUUGCUUUUACUACCAUAUAGAGAGUUAGAAUCAAUAACCAUUCGGAAAGUUAUCGUCAUA